ACACUUAGCGGAAACUUGUCAGAGAAUGCUCCUAAAGUCUGGUUUUCUCCUGCUGCUGCUGAUCAGUGCAUCCGCAUCCUACGAAGCUGAGCAGAAUGACUCUGUGAGCCCCAGGAAAGCGCGGGUGGCAGCGCAGAACUCAGCCGAGGUGGUUCGCUGCCUGAACAGUGCCCUCCAGGUGGGCUGCGGAGCCUUCGCCUGCCUGGAGAACUCCACGUGCGACACGGACGGCAUGUACGACAUCUGCAAAUCCUUCCUCUACAGCGCUGCUAAAUUCGACACUCAGGGAAAAGCGUUUGUGAAGGAGAGCCUGAAGUGCAUCGCCAACGGGGUGACGGCCAAGGUGUUCCUGGCCAUCCGCAGGUGCUCCACCUUCCAGAGGAUGAUCUCCGAGGUGCAGGAGGAGUGCUACAGCAAGCUGGGCAUGUGCGGCAUCGCCCGCCGCAACCCCGAGGCCAUCACCGAGGUGGUGCAGCUGCCACAGCAGUUCUCCAACCGGUAUUACAACAAGCUGGUGCGCAGCCUGCUGGAGUGCGACGAGGACACGGUGAGCACCAUCAAGGAGAGCCUGAUGGAGAAGCUGGGGCCCAACAUGGCCAGCCUGUUCCACCUGCUGCAGAGCGACCACUGCGCCCAGGGCCACCCCAGGGCCGAGUUCCUGCGCAGGAGGCUCUCGGAGCCGCAGAAGCUGAAGCUGCUGCUCAGGAACCUGCGAGGCGAGGGCCCGGCGCCCGCCCACGGCAAGCGCGGCUCCGCCGAACGCGCCUGAGCUGGGGCACCGCCAAAGCUGAGCUCCAGGACGGUGCUGCACCCAAAGCCAGUGGACUUGUAGGUAUUUUAACCACCCCCCCCCUCCCAGGAGCUGGGUUUAGUUCCUUAGGGCUCGUUCAGUUCCUCCGUGUUUUCUGCGGUUUCGCUGUUUCCCGCCAGCCAAGCGGUUCCGUCUCUUCUCUUCCCCACCAAAAAAAAAAAAUCUGUUAUCCCCAAAAAUCUUACUCUUAAGUAGAUCCCUGCAGUGGUCAGGUCUUCAAGCACCAAAUUCCUGAUGUUUGGAGGUUGAGUUUUGUCCCAAACUGUUGUGCUGGCACCAGCCAGGCCUGGACAUUCAGCACCUGCAGGUGGCAAAAGAUGCACUAAAAACUCCUGCACAUCCUAAAAAUGCCCGUGGGAUUCGUGUCAUGAAUCUGUGCUGGCCAUGGACAGAUUCAUGUCAUGAAUCUGUGCUGGCCAUGGCUCUGUCUCUUCUCUUCCCCACCAAAAACAAAUCUGUUAUCCCCAAAAAUCUUACUCUUAAGUAGAUCCCUGCAGUGGUCAGGUCUUCAAGCACCAAAUUCCUGAUGUUUGGAGGUUGAGUUUUGUCCCAAACUGUUGUGCUGGCACCAGCCAGGCCUGGACAUUCAGCACCUGCAGGUGGCAAAAGAUGCACUAAAAACUCCUGCACAUCCUAAAAAUGCCCGUGGGAUUCGUGUCAUGAAUCUGUGCUGGCCAUGGACAGAUUCAUGUCAUGAAUCUGUGCUGGCCAUGGCUCUGUCUCUUCUCUUCCCCACCAAAAACAAAUCUGUUAUCCCCAAAAAUCUUACUCUUAAGUAGAUCCCUGCAGUGGUCAGGUCUCCAAGCACCAAAUUGCUGAUGUUUGGAGGUCGAGUGUUGUCCCAAACUGUUGUGCUGGCACCAGCCAGGCCUGGACAUUCAGCACCUGCAGGUGGCAAAAGAUGCACUAAAAACUCCUGCACAUCCUAAAAAUGCCCGUGGGAUUCGUGUCAUGAAUCUGUGCUGGCCAUGGACGAGCAUGGAUGUCACGUUCCUGGUCCUGUAGUGUCACCCUCAGUCCCAACCCUUCCAGCAGAGCGCUGGGAACGCGUUUAAGCCAGGCUUUACCAAACUCACUGGGUGGUUUUAGCCACCAGGACCUGGCACCACUGUGCAAAAUCAGUUCAAACCACCCCACAAAGCCCAAAACAGGAGAAGGACGUGUUCCAUCACCAAGAGGUGCCAGGCUGUGGCUGGAGCUGGUCAGGAGGUCCCAUAACCCUGUGUUGUAUUUCCAAGCUCACUUCUCUGUACUGUAUUUAACUGCCUGAAGCUUUAAACCAAGCCUAACAGAAACAAAGCCUGUCUUAAGAUUAGAGUAUUAAAGGCCUUGCUCUAACUGUGGUAUAAAUAGUGCUAAAAUCUGUCUGUACUGUACAGAAACUCCACCAGACUCUGCUUCAAAGGAGCAGAACAGAGUAACUUUAUUGCCUAAACUAAGUUUUGUAAGUCAGCUCUUUCUUUAUUAUUAUUUUAUUUUUCCUGGAAGCUGCACCUCUGUCCUAGUCAAGGGUUCACAUUCCACUCUGUGGCCUUUUUAGAGAGGAAGAGGGGAAAGAUUUAGGAUGUGAAUUGCAGGGUCAGGAAUGGCCUUCCAGAGCUAAAAUUGAGGAAAAAUCCCUAAAAAACCCAAAUUUAGGCUGGCCAGUCCUGUCCCCACAGGGCUGCCAGGAGAUGCACUUAGACCCAAGGCUGGGAAUUUUGGAAUGAUCAGAUCCCUUGGGGAUCUCACAGGGCAAAACUCCCGUGAGGGUUUCUGGGGAAAGGCAGAGUGGAAUCCAUCAUGGAAUCCUUCAUUCCCUCGAGCUCCAGCAGGAAAGCUGAGCACACGGAAUGGGCCCUGGGAGCUGCUUUUCCUCCAUCCUCCUCCUCCUCCUCAGCAGGCUCUGGGAAGAGGAGCAGAGCUGGGAGACCCCAAACCCACUCCCCACCACAGCCAGGCUCUGGUGAACCCCAAAAUCCCCUUUGUGGUGUUGGAUCCACCCAAAUCCAUCCCUUGGGGUCUCUGCAGAGUGGGAGACUCUGCCUCAGAUCCUUGGGGAGCUGAUCAUGGAAGGAUCUC